UGCUCACUCAGACCGCAGAAGAAGAAGCUGACGGCUCCGCGGGGGAAAAAUUAAAAUGUCUGCUCCGAAAACCAUCCCGAAGGACGCGCAGGUGAUGAUCCAGAUCCUGAAGGACAUGGGGAUCACGGAGUACGAGCCCCGAGUCAUCAACCAGAUGUUGGAGUUCACCUACAGAUAUGUGACGACCAUCAUCGAGGACGCCAAGAUCUACGCCACGCACGCCAAGAAGUCCACCGUGGAUGCCGACGACAUCAAACUGGCGAUCCAGUGCCGCAUGGACCAGUCCUUCACCUCGCCGCCGCCACGAGACUUCCUGUUGGAGGUUGCUCGGCAGAAGAACCAGACUCCUCUCCCGCUCAUCAAACCGUACACUGGACCCCGACUCCCUCCGGACCGCUACUGCCUCACGGCGCCCAACUACCGCCUGAAGACCGUUCAGAAGAAGGUGACGUCGUCGGUCGGCAGGAUAUCGGUGCCUCGGCUCAGCGUCGGCGCCAUCUCCAGCAGACCGAGCACGCCGACCCUCGGAACUCAGUCUGUUCAGUCCGUCACCGCUAAAAUGGGAACUCCGGUUUCUCUGACGGGUCAGAGGUUCACCGUUCAGAUCCCACCGCCCUCCCAGACGGCCACCACCAAAACCACGACGGCGUCCACGCCCGUCUCCAACGUCCUCAUCAACCCGUCUCUGAUCGGCUCCAAGAACAUCCUCAUCACCACCAACAUGGUGACGCAGAACUCCAGCGACUCGCUGAAGAGGAAGCACGAGGACGAGGACGACUACGACGCUUUAUGACCGAGACCCUUUUUAAAAAUGCAUCAAUAAACACAUCCCCUUUUUAAUAAUCCUUAAAAUGACAGAAACAAUAGGUUGACCCUGCUACUGUUCUCACCAGAACCUGGUCCAGAUCAUUAAGAACUGUAAGUUUUAGUUUUCUAGAACGUGUGUUUAACGAGAGGAGACCUGCAGCGUCAGACUGGGAGUCGACCAGUACGACCAGUCUGCUGCUGGUGAUGCUGGAUUCAAACGGAAAAUCUCCUGUUCCACUGAUUUACAAUAAACUGCGUUA